AGUUUUACAGAUGAGGCGUCUGUACCUAGCGAUGAAUUUGAUUCGUCUUAUGACAGUGAUGAAACUGAAGAGGAAUUGUUUGAACUUUGUUUUUACAAUGAGAAUAAUGAACUAAUAUAUGAUGACGUAAGAAUUGCAGUUGAGGAAGCCGACAUUGAGGACAUUGAUCCAUCUAGAAAAUUUCCGGAGGAGUCAUCUCUUGAUUAUUGUGACAAUGGCUAUGAGACAAGUUCGUCACAAGAAAGUUUGUAUGAAUCAUUUCAGAAUACUGCAAAUGAUGUGACCUUAUCACAAGAAAUACGAAACGAUUCAGAAAUUGAUUUAGUAGGUAAUGUGAACAUUUUAUCUAAUGGACAAACAGAUGUAAUAAGGGAAAUGCAACGUUUAACUGGCCAACCUGUGGAAAAUAUCUCAGAAAAUGAGGACUUACAAGACCAAGAGAAUGCAAAUAAGCACUCUUUAUUAUACAUACUUGGUAGAAAUCAGCUUUCCAACUCUUGUCAAAGUGAAAUUACUUCACAAAAUUCGCAUGUGCUUACCAAAGAAAUAAGUAUAAAUCUAAAUGAACAAUCAAACGAUAAAAUACUUGCUGAUAGAGGGUCAUCACAAUCACCACAAUCCCUUAUGAACAAAACAGAUAUAAUGCGAUUAGUGACCACACCCACGAAAGAAGUGCAAUUUAAUCCAGAAGCAUUAGGUGCAUCAACAAGUAAGAUACCAGCACAGUCUGUGUUGGCUAAUGAUGAGGAGCAAAAAAAAGAAUUACACCCUGUUCCAAAUUUGGCUCUAUUUAACAGUAACACACCGCUUAAACUCAACUUACCCUUGCCAACUAAGAACAAGUUCGAACGACCACCUAUUGACAAACCAUAUUAUGGUCCAAUUGACCAAACCAAUUUUCAUUCUCCUAUAAUUCAUAAAUCAACCUUACCCAUGUACGAUUCACAUGUAAAUCCACUUUUCAAGAAUAAUGAGUGGCUAUUUAAUCAAAAUAUUUACGGAUCAUCAGCAAUUGAUGAAAGACCUUCACACAUUAAUGAACAAUAUGUUAAUCCGGAGGCGGCUCACUAUGCGAAAUAUAAUCAAAAUCUCCCUU